AUGUCUCUUUCCGAUCUCCUCGACAUCUCGUGUACCGUCCGGCGAGACAAGGCACGCGCACAGAAUCUGCUCCCAACUCCCUCAUCCACCACUUCAACCCCAGCCCGCUUGUGCAACAUCUGCUACGCAAAGCCUGCCUCGUACAAUUGUCCCAGGUGCAACACCCCAUUCUGCUCUUUAGUCUGCUUCCGUAGAAGCGAGCAUCAAGAAUGUUCCGCUUCAUUCAGCUCGACGGAGAUAAGUCGUGUGUCGGGAUCGAGUCACUUCCUAGCUGAAGAGAAGGAUCGAUCCAAGGUCGUCGAUAUCCUGGCGCGGCUGGAAAAAAACGAGAAGGAAGCUAGAGAAAUACAAGAGCACUUGUGCGAGGACGAACUCGAUAGUGACGAGGAACACGAACAUGACGAGACGGCUGCAGAUGUACGAGCCAAUAUUACCGCCGAGCAGAUCGAAGCCGCUUCGACAGAUACACUGCUCGCCAUGCUAACGCCGAAAGAGAGACAAACCUUUCUGGAGGCAGUCAAGAACCCACAAUCGACGGCAUCAUUGAUGCAACGACUUGACCGCAAAGCCGAACGACAUGCGCGAACCGAAACGGCUUCAUCAACGCCACAAGGUGUUCUGGUCGCAUCGCAGUCGGCAUCAGAAGGCAUCCCGCAACAGCUAAAUGUCAGACGAGAGUGGCAAUCCAUUCCUUGGUUUGAAAAGCCCGAGACUAUCCCACCUUUUCUCGGCAGGCCAUCAGAACAGCUUACUGCCUUCAUACACUUACUCGAAAGAGGCCUUUCGGCUGAACGGCUUGGCUCUCCGUCGGUCGAUCUCGUAUACAAUUUGUGCGCCGUUCUCAUGGCAUACACCUAUACUCUCAGAAAAAUGGACAUUGUAAGCUUGUCAGAGCUUACUUCAGAACACAAGACCGUCGAGGGUCAAUCUCUGGCUUCGUCGAGCCCAGUGUCGUUCCGUGACCCCGCAUCCAAAUUUGAGCCGCAACGUUGGCAGCAAGACGACGAUGAGGAGCCACCGCCACUGGAGCCCGAUGCACCGAUCAGCUAUCGACCAGGUCGUACCCCCGCAUCAUCUGCCACAGAAUCCAAUGCGUCGACCAUGGAUGACAAGCUUGCGACAGCCGAACAGGCUUUUGACAAGCUCAGUAGUCUUGUCCCCUUCCUGUUUGCUCCACUGGCACCUUUCAGCACCAACGUCAUCGCAGGUGCCCACAGCGAUCACUCCAAACUGGUUCUUAGCUCGCUCGCUGAUUCAUCAAUGUGGCUUCUCUCCAGGCUAUCGCUCGAAUCAGAUGUCGGCCAUGGCGGUGUUGACGCCAUAUCUCUGCAGCUGUUGCAAGAUCUCGCAAAGAUCAUGACGCGCGAUCCGCUUGUUCCCACGUUUGCACAAGUGCACCAAGUCGAGCCGAAAUACCGCAUAGCAUCCAAGCUCGCCUCGCUGUCGCCACAGCAAGCAUUCUCGGCUGCACAAAUCCCGCUUCUGCUCAAUGCGGUUGCAGACAUCCAUUCGUUCCUCAAUCAUCUGCCAUCCACCUUAACAGCCCCAUCGUCCAUAUCGUCAAUAACACGCAUCAAGUCAAAGCAGAUCAAGCUCGCGCAGCGUAAACUCUGCUUCUACCUUUGUAGCGUCAUCAAAGGCGAUCACAUACAAAUGCCAAGAGCAAGUUCCACCCUGACCGCUCAGCUGCAAGACUCUAUUCAGGAUUUGCGCAAUUGCAUCCAUGCGUCGAACCAAGCAGACAAGAUCGCAACAGCCGUCAAUCUGAUCGACAAGAAAGCUGCGCCAACGCCCAUGAUACUCAGCAUCAAUUAA